AUGAAAGCCGCAAAUUUCACUCAUAAUGAAGAAUCAGAAACUAGCUCUGAAAAUCAACCUAAUAUUAACAAUACUGCUGAAUUGACAUUCUCUGAUGAACAAAUAUCUUAUCUUCAUUUGUACCAAAUCACUAUGUUGGAGACUCUUUUAGUUCUUGAACUCUUGAAAAAAGCCACUACCCAUCUUUCCACAUCAUCUUAUCCAACUUUAGGUGAUACUCAGUUUAUUUUUGAAGGAAUUCAAGUAUGCCUAGAAAGUUUUAUUAAGGAUAAUAAUUUUACACAAAGUGAAUUAGCAGAAUCAAUACUACAAAAACUUUUAGAAUACUAG